AUGUCUUCAAGGGCGAAGUCGAACAACCUCUCUCUCGUUUCGGCCAUCUUGACGCCUGCUGCGACAGCAGGAGCAUCGGUCAUUCCGCUGUCCAUCAUCUGGCUCAUUAGCUUGUGGAAAGUUCGGAAGAGGGAUGACAAAGCCCGUAUUGGCGCCCGGCCAUUCAGGGUGGCCCUCCUAUUGUGGAUUAUAGUCUGCCUUUUUUACACCGGCUAUGGCGUCUGGGGUUAUUUCUACUACAGACAAGAACGGCGUGAAGCCUAUUGGGUGCCCCAAAGCUCGCUGGACUACUCAUUCCAUCGCUACCGAUAUGGCAUACGUUUUGCGCACGAUGUGGCCAAUGUGCUUAUCCUCGCGACCAUCCUGGAACUAGCGACAGGCCUUUAUCGCGCUGGCUAUGGCCAUAUGGAUGAUGCAGGCUGCAUGGAGAAUCAUUCUGGGCCCCGCUAUCUCGGAUGGACCUGGGGCAUUUGGUUUCUCGUCUCAGAUAUGCUCUGCUUCGGCCUCAUCCAGGGCCUGCUCACUCACUGGGAGGAAGUAGACCGUUUACACUUUCAGGGUCACAAUGAAAAGACUGAUUACUCACGCGAGAUCAGACGCCAUAACAAGAUAGCCAAGGAGAUCAUGAAAAUCGCUCUCACAUUUUUCUCCAUCAAGUACAUUAUGCAAGCUUUGUUAGCCUUUGGUACUUUUUUGCUUAGCCUGGGCAUACCGUCACGAGAUGAAAAGAUUACGCCCAUGGCUUACGAAGCUGGCAUCAACACACGCAUAUUCUUCAUCUACCGCCGGUCCGAUCGCGUUCUCUCACCUGUAUUCAAUGCCGAGUUCGACUAUGCGGCAUACUUCCCCAGUCCAAGCUCCAAGGGUUAUGGGCGCUUCAAAGCCGAUUUGCUAACCAACUGGUGUGGCCAAUAUUUGAUCGACUUUUCCUUCGCCCUUGUCAUCUUCUUCUUGCUUUUUGAUGUGCUUGCCCGCAGCCCUGAGAAUAGCGGCCUGUGGUCCCGAGAGUACGUUCCUGUCGAGCACCGGGACGAGGAUGAACGCUCAGAAGAUGGCGACAAUGGUGGGGAAAUGGUCAUGCGGCCCCUCGCGCCUGAACAAAGAGAAGAGGAAGUUCACGCAUCGAGUUCCCAGAAUGAGCCAGCAGUUUCUCCUGAGAUUAGGAAAUGGAUGGACAGUCUUUGGUCACGCUAA